CAAUGAUAGGCAAUAAAUAACAUAAUCGCACAUCUAUAUGCUUUUUAAAAAAUAUUCAUGUAAAAUGUGUAUAAAUACACACAGAAAUCGGCCACACCUCUUUGAACACUCAUCAUCACUUUGGUCGGCCGCUUUCUUCCUUACUCCUUCCUCAAAUAUCUCGACACAUUUACCAAAAUAUAACAUCCCUCUUAACUUCUAAUAAGUGGAUCGAUUUAUCGAGACAUAAGAAUGGUGCAGUACCAAGAACUCGCUCUUCAGAGAAGCUUCAGCUGCGACACAAGAAAGAUCAAUCCCGCAACUUCUCCGGCGCGUGGUUCACACGGACGUUCACCGUCCUCUUCCUCUUUGAUACCAACCAUCCCUGAACACGAACUCUUCCUCGUCCCUUGCCGGAGAUGCUCCUCCGUCUCCCUUUCCUCUUCUUCAUCCUCGUCAUCCUCUAGGAAUAUCGGGAAACUCCAGUUGAAGCUUUCUUCGUUCUUGCGUUCUCUCAUCAACGUCAUCAACAUUCCCGCAUGCAAAUUCCUUUCUCUUCCUUCUCCGCCGUCUUCUUCUUCCGGGGUUUCUAACCAACUCAUCUCACUCGUCACCGGUGGAUCCUCUUCUCUCGGGAGAAGAGUCACCGGGACUCUGUAUGGACAUAGAAGAGGCCACGUCACGUUUUCCGUCCAAUACGAUCCGAGGUCCGACCCGGUCUUGCUUCUUGACCUAGCCAUGUCAACGGCAACUCUCGUCAAAGAGAUGUCGUCCGGACUCGUCAGGAUCGCUCUGGAGUGCGAGAAGCGUCAUAGACCGGGGACAAAGCUUUUCCAAGAACCCAAAUGGACGAUGUAUUGCAACGGGAGGAAGUGUGGAUACGCCGUGUCCCGUGGUGGCGCGUGUACUGAUUCGGAUUGGCGCGUGCUGAACACGGUCUCUAGGGUUACAGUUGGAGCAGGAGUGAUUCCCACGCCAAAGAGUAUAGAUGACGUGUCCGGUGUUGGAAGUGGAACGGAUCUUGGGGAGUUGCUGUAUAUGAGAGGCAGGUUUGAAAGAGUCGUGGGGAGCCGUGACUCGGAGGCGUUCUACAUGAUGAACCCGGACAAAAACGGAGGUCCAGAACUCAGUAUUUUUCUUCUUAGAAUAUAAUAAUACGAAAAUGUCUUCUUAAAAAAUAAUUUAUUGACUUUUUAAAAAAUUUGAAAAUGUCUUAAGUGACGUAUUAUAAUAUAGUGAAUGAAUGCAAUGUUGUGUCAUGAAAUAUAUGUAAUCGAUAGUGAUACAAAACUAUAUACAAGGAAGAGAGAGGGCCUAGGAGGGUAUCAUAGUUUUUUUCUUCUUCUAAUUGUUUUAUAUGAUAUGUGGUACUUUUUUUUUUUUUUUGUAUUAUAAGGAUGUGAUUAUAAGUUUGUGGUUGCUUAUAUGCAAGGCAUGAAGAUCCCCACAUGGUCCGUCAUGAUUAAUGCCAAUUUAAGAUUCCUA